AUGACCGUCGGCGCCCACUGCACCGCCUCCAUGUUCCGCGCGAGCCUGGUGGCGGCGCUGCUGCCGUGCGCCACCAGGGUCCAUGCGCUGUCGAUGCUGCAGGGCGCGGCGGUGCCUCCACAGCCUGGAGGCGGCACUGCCGCGUCCCUGGCCGCCGCGGGCCACGGCGGCGAGGACGUCGACUGCCUCGUCGUCGUCCGUACGCACAGGCCCAUGCCGGGAAUGCUGGAGCGCUUCCGGGAGCACACGGAGGACCUCCGGCGACACUUGCCUUCCGCGCGCCUGGUGAUCUCGGUGGACACUUCCGGGCCCGAUGGCCCCGCCGUGCUGGAGGAGGUGCGCCGCCACGCGCCGGGCGCAAUCCUGCACUCGUACGGCUGGGGUGACGUCGUCGCCAGGUACCCCGCACUGGCCGCGCUGGAGUUCGCGAGCGCGUGGAGCUUCCACACGGAGCCCCUGCUCCUGGCCGUGGAGCACGCGGGGCGGGUGCUGGGCCUCGCGGGGGGCGCCCGCGUCUGGGCGCUGGAGGACGACGUGUUCUUCUGCGGCGGCCUGAGCGCCUUCGUGUCCGCCUACGAGGCCGACCCGUCCGACCUGCUCGGCAUCGGGGACACCCCGACCGGCCACUGGCUUCACCGCCAGGCGGGCUCGGCCGCCUUCCUGCGGCGGUACCCCGCGGAGGUGCGUCUGGCGGGGCCGGAGGUGGUCCAGCGCUUCUCCGCGCGGCUGCUGGAGCAGCUCGGGCGGCAGGCGGAGGAGGGCGUCACCGCCUGGAGCGAGAUGUUCGCGGCGACGGCGUGCAGGGCCGGCGGAUUCCUCUGCGCGGGGCUGCGGGACGAGCACGUGGGCGUGCACGGAGACAAGGUGACCCUGGACCGCCAGCAGGCGGAGGCCGCCUGCCGCGAGCGCCUGGGCGUCCCCAGCGCCAACCACGCCGCCAAGUUCUGA